ACCGCAUCCAAUAUCACUUCCGCUCUGCUUCACUCCAGCAUUGCCACCUGUAACAGCGAUGCCCCCAGACCUCAAUUCUCUCCCACCAUCUCGCUCCACGUCUUUAUCUCCCUUCCAAACUCGAACCAUGCAGUCUUCCUCUGAGGAUAGCGGUUCCCAAUCGCCACCUCCCCGCUCGUCAUCCGUGUCUCUUCAAGCUGCCGCGACUAUGAAUGCCGCGGAUCUCUCCCACCGCUCUUCAACAAGAUCACCACAAGCAAACAGAGCUGCAGAGCGCCGUCGUUCAGCCGUUGCCAUGAAUUUGAACCUCAAUGAUCCCACCAUACCCGGCCCGGGCGAACUAUCAAGUAGCGACCAUAGGUCCUCGCUCAGAGACUCGUUGACUCAUAGCCCGAUGAACCUGGGAAGCCCUAUGGUUGCUACUGGCGAUCCUCAUCAUCACCAUCGAACUCCUUCGCUGGGAGAGAUUCAUCAAGAGCUCGAGCAGGAGCAGGAGGCCCAAGUGAACCGCCUUCUUCUGAUGAUCCGUAACCAGCAAGCUCAGCUCCAGCAGAUGCAACAGAUGCAGCAACAGCAGAACUCUGGUAGCGGGUCGACCGCCGUUGAAGACUCGACUCCCACGUCAGAGCGAUCCAUAUCAUUUUCGUCGGUCCCACCACUCCCACAGCCGAUUCCGCACCAUCACCGUCGAAGAUCGUCACUUCACCAUCAUGCGGGUCACUCGUCAAGACGGGAUUCCACCAACACCACCGCAUCAUCGGUGCCAAACCCGCCGGGAUUCCAACCGGAUUUUAGCCUCACGGGCCCAGAGUGGGUUGCCCUGGGAGGCGAUGGAGCUGGACGACGAUGCAGCCGCGACGAGAGUGCAUUUUACCAAGCAGAAACAGCAAACUUGACGCGGGAGAAUCAAAUGCUGCGUCUGAGAAUCAGGGAACUAGAACGACAAGUCAGCCAAUUGACCGCAUCGCCUCCACACAUGCCAGUUGCACCCUCGAACUUGACGUCGUCCACAUCCGCUGAAUCAGUCCCAGCUACGCCAAGUGUAUCGGAGGGUGAACCGCCUCUAGCCUCUCAGCCAAGCUCCAGAGAAAUCGGAAAGGAAUGAAACAGAAACGACCAGGGCUCCUUAUUAAACAGCAGACGGGUGUGCUUAUCAUUAUUCCCCUAACAUAUGGCUCCACCCACUCAUCCAUGAUGAUUUGCUGCAAGUCGCGCUUUAACGCUAUGACGGCAGAAAUAUCUCAAGUAUCUACCGGGCGAAGCGUCCUUCUAGAGUUCCCGGCAGACACACGGUUCGCUCUGCUCAGGAUAGGCAUGACCACAGGUCCUAGGAUAUCGUUCUGCUCUAGAAGAUUUAAAGGGGGUGGAGAGGUGCUUAGACACGGGGCUCUCAAAAUUAUGAGCUCCAUAGAUCCUGUCCACUUUUCACUAGGGAUGAAGGUUAUUAUGUAUUCCAUGUACUGUA